CUACAGGAACUACAAUUCCCACAAUUCACCUAAAGUAGGACACGCAGUUUCUAGAACUUUGACGCAACUUCUGGCGCGACGGGCGCAACUCACUUUUUCAGAAUAGUUAGCUAACGUCAGCUUAACUUGUCUUUCAAACCCUACAAAUCACCGGGACCGUAUAUUUGGGGGUUAUUUCUGUUCGCAGGUGGUAUCAUGAUUUUAGGAUUACUAAGACUUGAGCAUACAGAUCUUGGUUCUGUAAGCUAAUGGGGAUAUCCCAAAGGAAAACAGUGUGAACUGAACGCAGGCAAGCUAGCCAAACAUCAAUACCAACAACAAAAACAUCAAGGGGCAGGGCAGCGCAGCUGCACAGAUGUAGUUAUCUGUCCUUGUGUCUCUUCAAAUCAUUUCACCGACUGGACCACCAUGCAUCACUCUGCUCCCUCAAACAGUGAACUGGGGUUUCUGCCAGCCAUGUAUUCAUUUUCAGGCCCCGCUAGCCUUCCUGAAUUUGAUUUCGGACCUACAAGAACGCCUGGCCACCUACAGAGAGCAACAGUCUCUAAAAACAGCUGGGAGACACGAUGCCUCAGGAAGCACAGAAGGAGAGUUGAUGAUGAGGGAUGCAGUGCCAAAAGGAGGAGGUUAAUGGUGGAGGCAGAAGUGGAUAUUUCAGAGAACUCAAACACUAGCACUCGUCAUGACUGGCUUACAGCAAACAGCUGCCCUCCCCUGUCUGUAAAGCAAGCCAGCCCUGCACUUCCACAGCCCUGCCCAGGGCCUCAGCCCUUGACUUUGCCACACCCCUCCCCUGCCCUGUCUCAGCCGGACACAGAGAGUUCCUGCAUGGAGAUAGAGGCAGCUCAGAGGAAACUUCAAGAGAUCGAGGACAGAAUAACGCUGGAAGAUGACGACGAUAAUGAGGAUCUGGAUGUAGAGCCAGCCCAGAGACGGCCAGUGCUGGUGAUUUCAGACAGUUUGAAAGAGGGUCUGCAGCGUGGCAUCAGCGACAUCCUCCCCCACAAAGUAGCUCAGUCUGUGAGCCAUUCCUGCAUGGAGUUGGUGUUGUGGCGGCCACCUGACGACCCCUUCUGUCGGAGGCUAAAGGGCUCAUUACAAAAACAGCGUAAACAACAGACAGUAUCUCGGCAUCCCCCAACUCCGUGUCCAUCUCCCACCCCUCACAUUCCCCUGAGCCCCUCCAGUCCAUCUGCAGAAAUACACUCUCCUCUCUACAGCUUUCCUGUGGCCCACAGCUCUGGGGAGGAGGAUAUGGAAAUGUAAUAGUGCUUAAAGACUUUAAAAGCCAUGCCAAAGUAAAAGAAUGGACACGUAGGCACACAAAAGACUAUAAAGGAUCCAGAACCAAUUUUGGCAGUUUGGCAAGGCAUGUUGGCUUUACAUGAAUAUUGUGCAGUUUUGGGCGGUUUGUGCAACACAUAUUUUGCUUUACAGUCACUCAUUUAGGUUUUCUUACUAUAAUCCAAGGCAACUAUAUUUAAGAUCUAACAAAAACGCUGACCUAGUUAAUCCGUUUUAUUCAUUUAAAUCUUGAAUGUAACUGUCAUGAACAAGACUUUGAACAGUUCUAUAGACAGCCUUACAUAACCAGUUUUAAACAACUUACAGAAUUGACCUUUGCCCAGAGAAAAAGAUAUUUUGUACAGAAUUUUGCCAAAGCCUGGCCAACACCCUGAUGAAUUGUAAAUAUGACUUUGUUCUUGGUGAAACAUCAGUGUUCAGCACCUGAAUUUUGUACAGUUUUUAUGUUCAGCUUCUGGACAUAAUGAGGACAUCAUAGUCAGGAUAAUAACAGGACACUAAAAGUUGUUCCUGUGUGCUCACAUUUGCUCAGAGCAUGGCUUGCAGUUGUACUUGUUGUGGUAGAAAGAUGAUCUUCCUAUAGUGUUUAGCAAGUACGCCAUCUGCAAGCUUUGAGGAAUUUGUAAACAAGUCGUGGAAAUGCACCUUUUUAUGAUUUGAUUGUAUUUUCAUACAUAUAUUACCAGAAUUGCAAGCGGGCAUUAAGUGUUAUUACUUUAUAUUUGUUUUUAAAUAAACUCUUAAAUUGUCAA